AUGCUAGACGAGCUGGAAAGCGCCUUCGACGAACAUCCUUCACUGGAUGCGUCGCUCGAGGACUUCGAGAGCAAUAGUAACGCUCGUCAAUCCCCCGUUUUCGGUCUGCCUUCCCAGCAUUCGGGCUUCCGCUCUGAGGAAUCGGAUGGGGAGGAUGACGACCUCACGCCUAACGGAGAUCGCUGGUCGCCUCCGGGCUUACGCAGGUAUGACUAUGUACAAGGAAGUGGUUGGUAUCGCCAUCAGCCCUACGUGCGCAAUCCCGAUUACGACCGUUUCUGCCUCAAGCCCUCAGUCGGACUGAGCCCGUCGCAAUCGCGCGAGCCUAGUCCGCAGUAUGAGGAUGCGCUGGAGGCGCCGACCGCAGGGAAACGCAGCCAGUCCGCAGAGACAGCUGACAUCACCAUAGCCGCCAAUGUCCCCUUGCCAGCCGACGCAGAGACCCCAGAAAAAGGUCGCUCGCCGAGCCCGGGACCCAAAGGUGCAAGAGCUAGCCCGGAUGGCGAGGGUUUGGACUUUGGGUCGGGGAAUAACCUCAGCAAUUAUAUCCGGUUCGCUGUGCGCGCGGAAGUUCAGCACCGUGAGCCCUUUGUCGCAUUCUUUAGUUACUUGCGGUCCAAACUCGAUAAGAUCACUAGCUCCAAAUCCAACGCAAUUCUUUCUGUAAUCGUUGCUUUCAUAUCGAUCGCGUUCAUGCGCGCCUUAUUCCUACCCAGCAUUCCCGAAGCGAUACCCGAUCUGGUCAAGCUGUCAGGGUUUGCGCGCUCGUUCGAGCCCCUCAUCUAUUAUUCGGAGAAUGGCGCGCAUCAGAUAACCGCCUUGCAGGAGACGGGGGUGGCUGUCUGGGACCUCGGAGAAUCGGUGCGCGGGACCAAUAUGACCAGCGCGCCGAUCAUUGUCCGCCAACUGGAUGAACUCUCCGAGUCGCUCAAGUCGCUCUCUCUGGAGCUGGCGCGCUUCUUCUCCGACGUUGAGGGGGACAUUGACUCCAUCUUGCUCGCCAUGGACUGGGCCAAGCGCGAACUAGAGGCCUUAUCGUCGCAACCGCCUAGUACGUUGCCGUCGGUCGUCUUCGAUAACCUCCACGGGAUCUUUGCGCGACUGGGGGCGCUGGAGCGACUUAGCGCCGCGAGUGGGGAAGGGUCCAGCACUGAACUGACCAGCACCCCAACCACCUUUGGCAACUUCGUCACCGCGGUCUUCGGCCAAACCUCUGCCCAGCGUACCCGCACAACCCUCAUUCGGACCUUUACCGAAAUGCUCUCCGUACUAGAAGAGGCGAUCAACAACGAGCUGACGCACUCAACGGCGCUGUUCGCACUCUUUGAAGCGAUCGACCGCCAAUUUCUGAAUCUUCAACGGACUGUAGUCCGCGAGUCGGAUGUACAAGAACGCGAAGAGGGCGAGAUGCUGGAGUCGCUGUGGACUAGGAUUAUGGGAGCCAAUGCUGCUGCGAUUCGCAAAUACGAAAAGAACAAGCGUCUGCUCGCCAAUGUCCGUAGUCGCACUGUCACUAACAAGCACCUAUUGGUGGACCACCGCGGCCGUCUACUAACCCUCAAGGUCAAUCUGGAAACCCUGCGGCGCAAACUUGUCAGUCCGCUAGUUCGACGCAACGACUCGAUGAGCUUCACGGGCAUCGAGUCCAGUAGUCGUAGCAACGGUCGCAUGCUGGGCCAUGUUGAGGCUGUGAUUGACGGACAAAUCCGAGGACUCGAAGGCAGCUAUGAUUACCUCAAAUCUGUGCGAGACAAACAGAAAGCCAAGACUCUGGAGUUUUACUACGGGUUCGGGCGGCGCUUGCCGCAGAACCCAGUAUUAGCCGACGGGUCGGACGAUCUGGGGACGGACGCGAUUGACGGGGUGUGA